GUCUCUGUAACGAAAUACAAUUUCGUAGCUCUUAAGCAUUUUAAUUUUGAAACUCAAUUACUUUCUUUUCCAGUUCAAUGCAAAAACUCCCCAAAGAAACACUUCCAAACAAUCUGUCGAAGAGAAGAGGCUCGAACAUAAUCAAAUCCAAUGGAUUGGGGAAACGUAACCGCAGAGGAUCUGAUUGACGCGCUUCGUGAAGUGGACUGGUCAUCUCCGCCACGUCCUCUCCCGGAAUUCUUCUCUCGUUUCACCGUCCCUCGAUCUUACGCCAAAUGGAAUAGCCGCCUUAAAUGCAAUCUCUACUACUAUCGGACCAAUUAUUUCAUCAUGAUUGUUGUCAUUCUUUGUUUGGGAUUCCUGAGGAGACCGGUUGCUAUUUUAGGUGCGAUCUUAACAGCGCUUAGCAUUGCUUUUCUGAAUGAUAGCUUUACUGGUACUUUUAGUGAGAAGGUGACUAGAACUGUGAGACAAUUCUCUCCACAUUUAGCAGCUAAGAUGAGGCCCCCUCUUACACCUGUUAUUCGUGGUCGUCCGCUGGCUAAAAGAACAAUUCACAUAUGCGGCCGGCCUCGUUGGGUCUUUGUCUUCAUAUUCUCAUCUGUGAGUUUCAUCCUUUGGUAUGUGUCCUGUGGUCUACUGACUAUAUGCUGGGCACUAGCCAUUGCAUUGCUUGCCACUAUCCUUCAUGCAAGUUUUAGGACACCUAAUCUGAAGGCUCGUCUUAAUACUUUCCGUGAGGAAUUUCGUGCAGUUUGGCGCAAUUACAGUGAGCUGUAGAUCAUAUAGUCUAUAGCAUGCAAUGAAGGCUCUGAUGAUGUGAAGCUCGAAGAUCUUGUUAUUAUAAGGUUGCAUGGCUGCUGUUGGUGAUGGCUAAUCUUUGCAAUAGCAGACAAGGUGUAAAUUGUCAGUGCCUCUUUUGUUUCUGUAAAUCAGACCAUUUCUGUCUUCACUCCCUUGCUGAAUGUUUUUACUCAAAUAACCCUCCUUUGAGAAGAAAAAGAACAAAAAAAAAAAAAAAAAUUUGCAGAAUUUACAGGAGCAAUUAGCUAUCUUAUAGUUGUUGGGCAAGGUCUGGUGGUAAUGUGUCUUUUAGAU